ACCAAACGCACAGAUCAGCAGCAGAGAGGGAUGAAGGAAGACGACUCGCGGCAGGGCCCUGCUCCCACUUUUCUGUUUGCAGUGGUCGCAGCGCUCUUCGCCUCCAUCUUCCUCGCCCUUCUCCUCCUCGACGUGGCUUGGCCCUUCGAGCUGCCGCCACUCAUGCGGUCCGCCACAUCUCCGCCAUGCACACGUGUGAGGACCGCCGCAGCCUCGACGCCCGUGCUGCCGAUAGUUGGGCCGGGCCAUGUGCUGCGGCGACCAGCAAACACCACUUGGGUGCCGGUUGUGGUUGCCCCAACAUCCGAGCAGCUGAGUGAUUACAGGACCAAGGUGGCGCUUGUGUGGAGUUUUAUGGAGUCGACGGGCAGCCGGGAGGCGUUCCCUUUGCUCAUGAACUACCUCGGGCUGCAGAACACAGGUACGCACUCAUGGGAAUCCAUCCAUCCAUCCAUUCAGUGGACCAUUACGUCACGUCACGGUGCGUAUGUGCCCCUCCCUUGUUUGCAAGGGUCUGGCGGUGAGGUGGGAGUGGGCGACUUUUCAUACAGCGACAGAAUGCUCAGGCUAUGGUGGGUGGGUAUCCAAGGACAGACAGUAUGGCCGAUGUGCGCUGUACUCUCUCUCUCUCUGUGUCUGUGUGUGUGUGUUCAAGGAAGCCCAACUACUGGACGGCUGUGGACAUCCUUAAGCCUGCAGUAUAUAUGAAGCGAGCCGAGUCGUUUGUGCGCCACCAGUUCAAGUAGCUACCUACACAAGAGACAGCAGGCUCCACUAGUUAUAUUGACACAGAUGGAAGGAUUGACGGGCGUCAUUCUUGUGUCGGUGUGCCAUCCAUCAGUGUAUCGCUCACACUGCACCAGGGCAAAAGCUGGAAAGGUGAGGUGGGGCUGAAUGGCAUGGGCCCAUUCACAGACAGGGCACACGUGAGACCUUCGCUUGUCGCUCUCUCUUUUGUCGCCACCAGUCGCUGGCAAGCUGGGGGAGGGGAGCUUUGACUUCCUGUACAUCGACGGUGGGAAGGAAUGGCAAGAAAGGAUGGAUGGAUGGAUGGAUGUGCAUGCCGCGUCUUCACAACUCGUUCAGCGAGCCAUCAGUACAAGUCCGUCAAGAAGGACCUCAAGGUAAGGUAGGUAGGCUCAGCUGUCUCAUAAGCUCAUGAAUCCCCCGCUGCACGCAUCAGUUGCGCUGCAUUGCCUGCCCCCUGACUGACCGGCUGCAAUGUGUCACGUCGUGUGUGACCGCACUGCAGGCGUACUUUCCCAAGAUCAAGCCAGGGGGCAUCCUUGCUGGACACGACUUCUGUGGCACGUGAGGUUUCAGACAUGUCCAGACAGACACUCCUACAAGACAUGCUGACGGAUGCGUCUUUUGCAGGAAGAAAAAGAGGUCGCUGCACAUGAGUGGCGAGCAGAUCGACGUGCCGUGGUGCGGCAGAUACAGCAUCAAAUCACACUCGAAACGGUGGGAGGGAGGGUUGGUGAGGCGAGCCAUCCAUCCGUCCACCUACCCACAUGCAGAGACAUCAACAAUCGCCGGUUGAUGUGUGGAUUGUGAUGGUUUGUGUGUUUCGUGUGUGUGUGCGUCUGACAUACCCAGGUGGAGCAAGAUGGGCAAGGAGGUCCACAACCAGAUCGGAGUCGUCCGCGCCAUUCUGGAGUUUGCAAGAGGUGGGUGUGGGGAGUUUCCGUGUUUUGCUCUUUCUACAUACUGUCGUGACUUUGUUUCCCUCUAAUGUUGUCGUUGACAGCGGAGGGCAUCAGUGUUGACUUCACGCGAGAGGACCAGCGGCCGAACGACCUGUACAGCGACCAUGGUGGCCCCGCGCCACACCUCAACCCGUCAUGGUAUCUGUUGAAGCCAUGGUGAGUUGAUAUCAACUGCCUGUCUGUCUCGGGUGCUUGGGUGCAUGUGUGUGACCUUCCGUCCGUGUGUGAAUGAGUGUGUG